GUCACUAUCAGUUGGAAACGCCAAUUACUGACAAAGAUCUCACCAAAAUAAACAAAUCGUUGAAAGUACGAUGGGAGACAGACAAGACGCUUUAACAAAGGAAGAUUGGAUUAAGUUGCUUGAAGAUAACGACGUAGGACGUAGUAACAUGAACAAAUUGAUAAUGAAUUAUUUAGUGACGGAAGGUUUUAAAGAAGCAGCCGAAAAAUUUCAACAGGAAUCCGGAAUUGCAACUCCUGAUAACCUACAUUCACUGGACGACAGAAUGCGAAUUCGUGAUGCUAUUAUGAAUGGCCGAAUUGAGGAAGCCACCACUUUAAUCAACCAGCUACACUCUGAACUAUUGGACAAUGAUAGAUAUUUAUAUUUCCGCUUACGGCAACUUCAUCUACUCGAGCUAAUUCGAAGCAACAAAAUAGAAGAAGCCCUGGCAUUUGCUCAGAGCCAUUUAAGUGAAGCUGGAGAAGAGGACCACUCAGUACUGAUUGAAUUAGAGAGAACAAUUGCACUUCUUGCGUUCGAAGACCCUUUAAGCAGCCCGUUUGGCGAUCUGUUGGAGCCAUCGCAUAGACAGAAGGUGGCGGGUGAAGUGAAUGCGGCAAUACUUAAAAUGGAACAUCAGGAAUCAACAGCGCCGAAAAUUUCGACUCUUUUAAAAUUAAUUCUUUGGGCCCAAGAGAAACUAAACAAAAAGAACGUGAAAUAUCCGAAAAUGACAGACUUAGCUGGUGCGACUAUUUCAGCACUUGAUGAUUUUCCCGCGCCCGAUGAAUUUCCAAAUGACUAAAUUCCUCAUUGAACCUGUACAGAUUCAUUUCAAAGCUGUAAAAAUGCUCUGUUAAUUUAGUGUAAAAGUUGUCCCCGAUUGUGAAUAUAAUAAAUAAAACCCAUUGGUACUACGUA